UUCUCAUUCAUCUGAGAAAUAGAGUGCAGUAUGAUGAAUGCGGUUUCGUUCUCCAACAUACAGCUAAACCAACCCAUUUUCAAACCUCAGCUUCCAUCAAAACCCUCCAUUUCUCGCCGGAGCUUCAGAGGCUACUUCCGUUGCCGAUCCUCUUUGGUUAUCGAGACAUCAGUGGGGGACAACAAAGGCGACGCCAUUUCCGAAGAGACCGAAGCUCCUUCUCCGCCGAUUGACUCCAUUUCUCGCCGCCUCAUUCUUCUUCGUCACGCCAAGAGCUCCUGGCGAGAUCGUUCCCUCCGAGACCAUGAUCGGCCUCUGAGUAAAACAGGGCAAGCGGACGCCAUUAAAGUUGCUCACAAGCUCCAAGAGUUGGGUUGGAUUCCUCAACUCAUUCUCUCUAGUGACGCAUUGCGAACGAAGGAGACGCUUAAGAUAAUGCAGGAACAAGUGCAAGGGUUCUUGGAAGCCGAGGUGCGAUUCAUUUCGAGCUUUUAUUCGAUUGCGGCCAUGGAUGGUCAGACGGCUGAGCACCUUCAAGAUGUUGUCUGUAGAUGUUCAGGGGAUGAAAUAGUCACUGUCAUGUGUAUGGGACAUAAUAGGGGUUGGGAGGAGGCAGCGUCAAUGUUCACAGGCGCCUCUGUAGAAUUGAAGACUUGCAAUGCUGCUUUGCUCGAAACUAGUGGGAAAUCUUGGACUGAGGCAUUUGCUUUGGCAGGACUUGGUGGGUGGAAGUUGCAGGGCAUAGUAAAACCAAGUAGCUAAUGGUCUUUAAAGCGUUUUCAAGUUUUGAAUACUAACCGUAACAAAGGAAAGGUACCCUCAGAAGUUCACAUCUCUGUAACAAGUCUUCUUGUUGCUAAAAGAGUUCUUGGAGAGUUAUAAAAGAUAAAUGUACCCUUUCUGGACUCUGCUACCGAUCUGCAUUGUUGGAGAGGUCAAAAUGCGUAGGAGAUUCAUCCGCGUUUGCCGGUAGUGAAUUUCUCUAUUCUGGACAUCUUAGUUGAAGCUUUGAGAAGCUGAAAGUGUCAGGAGCUGGAACUCUUUCUACUCUGUGGGGGAUGAGCUUCUACGUCUUUCUCAAUCACUGUAAAGAUUACCCAAGAUAGCUAAUUCUAGUAACUCUGUUAGAUUAUGAACGGGAAUUUUAGAUCUUUUUCUUUUUUUUUUAAUUGCCUAUUUUUCAA